GGUUGGUUUCCUAGAUAACUCUGAGAUCUUAGCUGGCAUGUAGAGCUGCAGACUGGCUGUUUUGUCCUUGGUGUUAACAUUCCUGUCGUCGUUUCAAUGGGGAAAAGAAAAGACAUGAUUCACCCCAGGUUUCUCGGUGAAGGCAGCUCUAGCCUGCACAGCGUUCACAAGCGGAAACACAAAAAACACAAGAAGCACAAGAGGAAGCAUCACAGCUUCACUGAGGCCCCGGAGCCCGAGCCUGUCGUGGUUCCUCGGCCUCCUCCACAGCUCCGACUCAAGAUCAAACUGGGAGGACAGACGCUGGGGACCAAGAGUGUUCCCACCUUCACUGUGCAUCCCGGUGUGGCCCGUCCUCCCUCUCCAUUGAUGAUCAUUGAUAAUGUUGACGUUGAUGAUGAUGACGAAGACGACGACGAUGAUGAUGACGACGAUGAGCCUUCUGUGCCUCUGGAGCAAUAUCGGGCUUGGCUGGACGAAGACAGUAACCUCGCUACAUCCCCUAUGCCAGACAUGGAUUCAGACUCCAUGCUGGGUGGGCCUGUGGACGAGGAGGAGAGGUGGCUGGACGCUCUGGAGAAGGGAGAGCUCGACGACAAUGGAGAGCUGAAGAAAGAGGUCGAUGAGUCUCUGCUCACAGCCAGACAGAAAGCCCUGUUGCACAAGCAGCAGAGCCAGCCUCUCCUGGAGCUCCCCAUGGGCUACAAGGAGAAGGAGAUGACCGCAGAGAUGAUGCAGAAACGGGAGGAACGAGCUCGAAAGAGACGCCUGCAGGCCGCUAAGAAAGCAGAAGAAAAUAAGAACCAGACAAUAGAGCGACUGACAAAAACCAGCAAGGCCAAGAUCAAAAGCAUGAAGGAGAAGAAGUCCAAGCAGAACCAGUGCCCCAUGAUCCGAUAUAGUGACUCUGUCCAGGGCAUGGCCAUCUCCUUUCCCACAGGGGUUCCUGCUCCGGACCCGGUACCUCCCUGUCCUCUGCCUCCGACCCGGGUCAGCUGCGGGGUCAGCGGCUGCGACAACCUGAAGAAAUACUCCUGCUCAAAGACUGGGGUUCCUCUCUGCAGCCUUGAGUGUUACAAGAGGAACCUGCUGCUUGUGCAGGGUGCAGCCUGAACUUAAGAGGGACAGGUAUCGAUUGUAGUUAUGCUUGUCCCACGCUGAGAUACGAUGAGGUGCCCAGAGUCCGCGUGGUCGUAAAUUCUUGAUGAAAUUUACGUUACACGGAUACUCUUUGACCACAUACAUGUGGAAGGUAUAAAUUGAACUUUACACUUCAAGCCUAAAUCUUUUCAGGACUCAGAAUCCAAGUCCAAUGUGGAUUUACUUUUUAUCUAAUUGUUUUGUGGUGUUAUAUUAAUAAUAAUGGCUUUCCCUGCAGUGAUGCUGGUUACACAAUUCAAUUAUGAUAUCAAAAUCUGUGUACAAACAUUCAAUAUUUAUGACUUCUUGAAGACUACAUAAAACCCAUAUUUUUGUACAAGUUUUGAGACAUAGUAAUAUUGUUUCCACUGGCUUGAGCGUCUUAUUUUUUUAAUGUGUAAAUUAUGCUUAAAGACUGACAAGGGUCAUCUAUGACAGACAGAUUAGUUUGAAAGACUGGAGAAUGAAAAAUGUUUUUUAAUCUCAAACAAUGUUCAUUUUGGUAACAAAUGAAACCAUUUCCAUACAAAACUAUACAAACAUACUUAAAUUAAUAAAUGAAACUCCUUCCCAACACUG